AUGGAGGAGUCUGGAUCUCACCGCCACAUCGUCCUCGUAACCCUGGCCCUCGUUGUCGUGCUGCUCGCGCCGUGCGCCGCCGCGUACCCGUUGCUAGCGUGCGGCUCGACGGGCGAGUUCACGGCCAACAGCACGUACCAGGCCAACCUCGGCAUCCUCGCAGCCGCGCUGCCGAAGAACGCGUCCUCCUCCCCGGACCUCUUCGCGACCGGCGCAGUCGGCGCCGUCCCGGACCAGGUCUCGGCGCUCGCGCUCUGCCGCGGCGACGCCAACGCCACGGCCUGCUCCGGCUGCCUCGCCGCGGCCUUCCACGACGCGCAGAACAUGUGCGCCUACGCCAAGGACGCCGCCAUCUACUACGAUCCAUGCGUCCUCUACUACUCCAACACCCCCUUCCUCUCCUCCGUCGACAAUGUCAGGUCCAGGACGCAAAUGAACGGCCAGAACGUCACGUCGGACCCCGGCCGGUUCAACCGCCAGGUGGCCGCGCUCGUGGACGCCACUGCCGACUACGCGGCGUACAACUCCACACGGCGGUAUGCGUCCGGUGAGGCCGACCUCGACGUCGACAGCGAGUUCCCCAGGGUCUACAGCUGGGCGCAGUGCACGCCGGACCUCACGCCUGCGCAGUGCCGCGGUUGUCUCGCCGGCAUCAUCAAGGGAAUGCCGCGGUCCGCGGACCGCGUCGGGGCCAAGUUUCUUGGGGUCAGGUGCAGCUACAGAUACGAGAUAUACACCAUCCUCCGCGGGCCGGUGAUGGUGCGGCUGGCUGCGCCAGCGCCUGAGCCCGCCGUAGGGCCAACGGUUCCGACUCCAGCAACCCUCGCCCGACGAGGAAAAUGGGGAAAUAAGACGGUAGUUGUUCUAGCAAUUACGCUGCCUCUAGUUGUUGCAAUUCUAGCUAUCACUGCUGUUUGUCUCUGUUAUUCGAGGAAGGGGAGGACAAGACGAGCAAGCAGUGAGCAACCACCUUAUUCGGCUAAUAGUGAGGACAUUGUAAACAUUGAUUCACUUAUCGCCGAUCUAUCAACAUUACGUCGUGCGACGGAUAACUUUGCCGCUGCGAAUAAGCUUGGAGAAGGAGGAUUCGGUGCAGUUUAUAAGGGAAACCUUCCUGAUGGCCGGGAGAUAGCGGUGAAGAGGCUCUCCAGAAGUUCAGCACAAGGAAUAGGAGAGCUCAAGAAUGAACUUAUUUUGGUCGCCAAGCUUCAACAUAAGAAUCUUGUCAGGCUUGUUGGCGUAUGCGUGCAAGAACACGAGAAACUGCUUGCCUACGAAUACAUGCCCAAUAAAAGUGUUGACACCAUUCUUUUCGAUCCAGAGAGAAGCAAGGAGCUAGACUGGGGAAAGAGAUUGAAGGUAAUAAGUGGGAUUGCUCGAGGAUUACAAUAUCUUCAUGAGGAUUCGCAGCUGAGAAUAAUCCACAGGGACCUCAAAGCGAGCAAUGUUCUGUUAGACUCCGAUUACACUCCUAAGAUUUCAGACUUCGGCUUGGCAAGGCUAUUUGGAGUAGAUCAAACAAGGGAGGUGACAAACCGAGUUGUUGGGACAUAUGGAUACAUGGCCCCAGAAUAUGCGGUGCGUGGCCAGCUUUCUGUAAAAUCGGACGUGUUUAGCUUUGGCGUUUUGAUGUUAGAAGUGGUGACAGGAAGACGAAGCAGUUGCUCCUGGAACUUCGACGAGUCUGUCAAUCUCUUAAGUCUGGUAUGGGAACACUGGACCAUGGGUACAACUGCAGAGAUCAUAGACUCAUCUCUGAGAGGCCAUGCCCCAGGAAACCAGGUAGUGAAGCUUUUUCACAUCGGCCUGCUCUGUGUCCAAGAUAACCCAGCAGAUAGGCCUACGAUGUCCACUGUAAAUUUCAUGCUUAGCAGUAACACUGUGUCUCUACGGUCUCCAUCGAAGCCAUCAUUUCUCAUGUGCAUGAGCCCUACUUCUUCUGAGUCGACCCGUAUGCCAGGUAUGGCAUCACCAAAUGAAGCUUCAAUCACGGGGCUUGAACCAAGAUGAGCAAAAGGAUGACAAAGGAUAAUUGGGUUGUUGUCU